AUGUUGGAGGAAUCCCAUAUUCACUACGCGCAGUUGGGGACCGACGUGACGCUACAGUGUGGGUCUGUGGACAGGGAUGCCGCAGUCACUUGGACGGCCAACAGCACCGACCUGGAUGCAUCCCAUCUCAACGGCUCCCGUCUCGUCCUCCGGAACGUGGACCUCUCCCACAGCGGACAGUACUCCUGCUACGAGGGCUCCUCAUGGCAUCUGAAGUACCGGGUCAACCUCAAAGUAGGAACGCCACCCAAGGAGCCCGCAUUGAUGUGCCGGUCGAACAAUUACCCCAGCGGCUUCUACUGCAGUUGGCACAUGCCCAUCCCGACGUACAUUCCAGACACCUUCAACAUCACCGUAAUGCACGACUCCAAGGAGAUUGUGUGUGACAUGGACGUGUCCCUCAAAAACAGGUGCUACAUCCGGUACCUUCACCUUUUCUCCAGCAAGAAGUACAAGGUGACUUUGACGGUCACAAACGCUCUGGGCAGCAGCUCCACCUCCAUCUCUUUCGACGAGUUCGCGAUAGUAAAGCCGGACCCUCCAGAGAACGUCGUGGCUAAGCCCAUCCCCAACAAUGCCCGGAGGCUGCUGGUGACGUGGCAGUACCCUUCCUCGUGGCCUGAUCCAGAUUCCUUCCCCCUCAAGUUCUUCCUGAGGUACCGGCCGCUCAUCAUUGACCAGUGGCAACACGUGGAGCUGUCGGACGGGACGACCCACAUCAUCACCGACGCCUACGCGGGCAAGGAGUACAUCAUCCAGGUGGCAGCCAAGGACAACGAGAUUGGCACGUGGAGCGACUGGAGCGUGGCCGUGCAUGCCACGCCCUGGACUGAGGAGCCCAAGCAUCUCACCACAGAAGCCCAGGGAGCAGAGACGACGACCGCCAGCACCUCAGCCUUUGUGGUCCCCACCACCACCAGCAUCGGGAACUCGGAGGAGCAAGGCAGCGAUGGAGCCAUCGCCCUGUCCUGGGUGGCUAGUCUGCUAUUGGUGGCUUUCAGCAUCCACUUUAUUUAG